AUGCCGUCCCUACUUUCAACACUCGCACUGCUUACCUUCCCUCUCUUUGCUCUCGCCCAGUCAGCAAACGAUGGCUACACUGGCUACAAGCUAGACGUCAGGCAGGAGCAGGAUCCGGGUUCCGUCCUCUACGAGACUGAGAACACAAGGACCUCCAACGUGUCUACACUCUCCGAAACCCCAGAUGUCCUGCUGAAUGCAUCUGUACAUGUCGGCGAAAUCUUCAUUGGUGUUGACAACCUCACCGCCAAAAUCAACCUUGAUGCCCAAGUCUUGUCGUUGCUGCAGUUCAACGCCGGAGUCGACCUCAGCAUUGAGAAGGUUGCUCUUACCAUCCAAAAUGUCACUGCAAAAGUGUAUCUCGAAGCACGCCUAGGAAACCUCGUCACCAUGAUCAGCGACGUCUUGGACUCUAUCGACUUGAACCCCGUCAUUGCGGAGCUUGGAGCCGGGCUUGGAAGCAUCGUCGGCGAUGCUGCUGACCUUGUUGGUGACGUUGCAGGUGGCCUGACUGGCAACAACGGAACCUCUGGCAACACCAAGCGCGAUGUUGAUCCUCACCAAUGGGACCUUCUGAACAACAUCCUCUACUCCAUCAACAACUUUGAAGGAAACGCCAACAAGCGCCGCGUUCUUGCUCAGGAUGGCGACAUUGUCGAGCAAGACAUCAAUAACAACGGAGUCAUCUCUGCAAUGAGGGUUGUCGGUAACUACGCAACCGACAUGCACUUCAAUGGUUUCAACGAGAGCGUGACGUUCAAGGGUCAGGAAGUAUGGGAGGAGGAGUACACCUACCAGCCCUUCCCGGGCCUCUACUCCAUCUCAGGCGUCUUCAAGAGCAAGAGCACUGGCGCAGUUGUCGGCACACAACUCCUCGCGGAAGCACGAGGAGGCGGAAACGCAAACAUUGGCAACGUAGAUGACCUCAAGCGUUGA